CCCCCGGGCCCCGGCGUGCCGGGCUACCGCUGCCCUGAGCCUCAGUGCACGCUCUCUUUCGCCAAGAAGCACCAGCUCAAGGUGCACCUGCUGACGCACGGUAGCAGCCAGGGCCGGCGGCCUUUCAAGUGCCCCCUGGACGGCUGCGGCUGGGCCUUCACCACCUCCUACAAGCUCAAGCGGCACCUGCAGUCGCACGACAAGCUGCGGCCUUUCAGCUGUCAAGUUGGCGGCUGCGGCAAGAAGUUCACCACUGUGUACAACCUCAAGGCGCACAUGAAGGGCCACGAGCAGGAGAACUUGUUCAAGUGCGAGGAGUGCGCGGAGCGCUUCCCUACGCAGGCCAAGCUCAGCUCCCACCAGCGCAGCCACUUCGAACCCGAGCGGCCCUACAAGUGUGACUUUCCCGGCUGUGAGAAGACUUUCAUCACGGUGAGUGCUUUGUUUUCCCAUAACCGUGCCCACUUCAGGGAACAGGAGCUUUUUUCCUGCUCCUUUCCUGGCUGCAGCAAACAGUAUGACAAAGCCUGUCGCCUGAAAAUUCAUCUGAGAAGUCAUACAGGUGAAAGACCCUUUAUUUGUGACUCUGACAGUUGUGGCUGGACCUUUACCAGCAUGUCUAAACUCCUGAGGCACAAAAGGAAACAUGAUGAUGACCGGAGGUUUACCUGCCCUGUUGAAGGCUGUGGGAAGUCAUUCACGAGAGCAGAGCAUCUGAAAGGCCACAGCAUCACCCAUCUGGGCACAAAGCCAUUCGAAUGUCCUGUGGAAGGGUGCUGUGCCAGAUUCUCUGCUCGUAGUAGUCUCUACAUUCACUCCAAGAAACACCUACAGGAUGUGCGUGCUCCAAAAAGCCGUUGCCCGGUCUCCAGCUGUAACAGACUCUUUGCCUCCAAGCAUAGCAUGAAAGCACACAUGGUCAGGCAGCACAGCCGACGCUCAGAUCUUUUCCCUCAGCUAGGAGAUCCAAGUUCUCUUCCACUCAGCAGUGAGCUCAGUAGCCCAGGCCAAAGUGAGCUCAACAACAUAGACCUGGCAGCACUCUUCUCUGAUGCGCCUGCUGAUGGUAGUAGUGUGGUGGGGGCCUCAGAUGAGGCACUGACCUCUGGAAUCCUGACUGUUGACGUGACUUCUGUGAGCUCCUCUCUCGGAGGGAACCUUCCUGCUAAUAAUGGUUCCUUAGGGUUGAUGGACCCACUGGUCAUGGUGACCCACAGUGACAUUCCUCCAAGCCUGGACAGCCCUGUUCACGGGACAGCGGCCACAGUUCUUCAGCAAAGCAGCUUCAAUAUGGAUAAUGUACAGACGAUAAGUUCAGGAGCAUUAGGCUGUCUGGUAGCUCUGCCUAUGAAGAACUUGAGCCAGGACCCACAGGCUUCGACCUCUAACAAUUUAGCAGUAAACACCACCACACCAACCUCUUCAAGCACCCCCCAGGGAAACACCAGUGUCCUCGAACUGCUGGCUCCAAUCAAAAUGGAACCAGACUCACCUCCUGGCCCUGAUGCUGUCAGGCAGCAAGAACGAAGCAGAGGGGUACCCCAGCUUGUGUUUCCCAGCCCUCCAGAAAAGCACAGUCCUCAGAAAGACACAGGGCUCAGUUCAGGGACCGGCAACUUCUAUUUGCUAUGUGACGUUGGGCUGCCUCGAUUCUCUGAGCACAGAUGGUGCGUGGUGAAUGGGUUACAGGAAAGUGGGGGCUCAGCAAGAACUGAUUCCCAAGCCAUUCAACUAGCCAAGAAAAAAAAGCAGAAAGGAACUGGGAACAACUCAGGAGCCUCAAGGUCUACUCAGAGAAAAAUGAAAGGUGGCAAAAUCAGUCCUACGCACUUGUACGCAAGCCAGAGUGGUUGGUUGUGCGGGAACCUUGUGCCCAAUGGCGGUCUGCCAGGACCAUCUCCAUCAGCUGGGGUGCAGUGUGUUCAGGUCCAGUUACUGCAGGAUGACCCUUCAGGUGAAGGAGUCUUGCCGUUGGUGCUCAGCCCGCAGCCUUCCACCUUUCAUCCCCUUUUUGCCAUCGGUUUGCCUGUCUAUGUCCUCCAGGAGGUGCUUCCUGCAGCUGGAGGGGCUGCUGGACCCGAGGACACGCAGUGCACGGGCAACACUAUCAACCUGCGGGACCUGCAGUGAAAGCAGCCCUCUGCCUGGGGGACCCAAGGGCGACGCCUCUAGUUUGUGUCCCCAACAAGACUCUGUUACAUGGUCUUGCAGGCUUGGGUGAGACCCCACUUGGUUUCUGCUCUGAAGGCCAGCCUAGUUCUUUAAGAGACUUUUGGGUACAUUUAUUGAAAUGUUUCUUUUAAUAUUCUAUCAGGAACCAGUUUGGGGCUGUACUAUUUGAAACUGCCUUUUCUGAGCAAAGGGCUUCAGUGAGACAAGAUUGCCUUCUGAGCAAAGCACACGCCUCUUCCAUACUUGCCUUUGUCCCAUUUGAUCUGAGCCAUGGAGCACUUGUUGCAUUAAAAAAAAAAAACAGACUUGUACAGGAAAUUGGGUGCUAGGUCUCCUAGUCAAGUACAACUUUAUCUGUAAUAAAACCAGCUUUGGUGUUUCAGCAUUUGCCCUGAGAAAGAUCUAAAAAUCCCGUUUUCCUUUUCUGUGAGCUGUGUAACAUGCCGUUUCCCAAGCCCUUGGGUGGUAUUCGUAGUCAGAUUGAUUUUGUCACAUUGUAGGGGAAAAGUGGGCCUUUUGUCACAGGAAGCCAAAUUCUGAUCCAUGUUCUGGCAGACCAGGCAGGCAACUGGUAUGAAGGGGAAAUACUGGGGGUGAAGCAGCCACAUGGAGGGUCCUGUUAACAAGCCCUCUGGGUAGACCAGAUUUCAAGUUCAUAGUUUGGGGAUGGUAGAGUUAAAACUUUCAAAAUAAUUUUUCUAAAUUCUGUAUUUGGGUAUUAACAUUUAAUAGUAAUUUGGUUUAUAAAGUAAUGUUCUGAAUACUAUAAAUUAUGGGCAGGACUAUGAUGAUGGCAUGUAUAUGUUUUUGUUGAUGUUGAAAAUGUGCAUAUCAUAUGUUACAGUCUAUUUUUACAGAGUAAGGUCUUGCAAAAGGAGAAAAGUGGAUAACCUUGCACAUAUUUAUUUGUUCAUUAGCAGACUGGACAGUCUUAGAAAUGCUGUGUUUGCCUUGUGCUUUUUGAAGUGUUUGUUUAUUCAGAUGUUAUUUUGAUUUUCAGGAUUGGAAUCAUUUAAACUACCUGUUCUAUGUU